AUGAUCCUCUUGCUGGUUUUGGUCUCAUCCGCGCUACUGCCAUCAUUUGCUCAAAUUCUCGAGCUGAAAAUCGGGAAAGUGCUGGGAUUUGACCAUAAAACAAAGAAAGGCGACUAUGCAGAAGUGUUCCUCAACAUACCGUACGCCUCAGCUCCUGUGGGCGAUCUGAGAUUCGAGAAACCCACUCCUCCGAAGUCGUGGAGGGAUAUUCGAGAUGGUAGGACUUUUGGUGCAUCGUGCCAUCCAAUCGUAAAGGAGGCCAUUAUUCCACCGGAACACCCAGAUGAGGAUUGUCUGACACUCAAUAUCCUUCGACCAAAGAAGGAGGCGUCAUAUCCAGGUUUCCCUAUAUUGUUUUGGGUGCACGGCGGAGGGUACGAAGUUGGCUCAGCAAGUAUGUAUGGGUACAAAGGAUUCGCAGAUAUUUACACAGCCAAUGACAUCAUUGUGGUCACAAUACAAUAUCGUCUUGGCGUUUACGGUUUCUUCUCCACUGGUGACUCUCGCAUUCCUGGGAACUUAGGUCUCUUUGACAUCGCUGAAGCGCUCAAGUUUGUGCACGCAAAUGCCGAAAAUAUUGGAGGAGAUCCCUCUCGGAUUACGGUCUGGGGACAUAGCGCUGGUUCUGCUGCCGUUGGUCAACUAAUGCUCAGCCCUGUAACAAGAGAUUACAUUCCACGUUCAAUUGAGAUGUCUGGCUCUCCUUGGGCGGCAUGGGCGCUUGGAACUGCUGUGGCGAAUAAUUCGUUGGAAUUAGCACAGGUACUGGGAUGCGGAAUAGAGGUGAAAAGCUGUUUAAAACAAAAAACUGUUGAAGAGAUCUACGAGGGCAUCAAACAGGUGGUGAGUAGGUUCAUUAAAUGGGGAGCAGUAAUUGAUGACGAGUUCCUUCAACAUCCGGACGUGAUGGUUGCUGAUGCUCCACCAAAAGUAUCGAUUGUGGGUCUAGCGAGUAAGGAGGCCGCUUUGUUCAGUGUUAUGGGAAUCGCUCCAUACCUUCAUAGGCUUGGUGUCAGUUCAACGGAUUUCCCGAAAUGGAAUCGAGACAAAUUAAUUAAUGAGCUAAAAAAGUUCGUCCACUUGGCCAACGUUGGAACUCAUGAGGAAGACUUGAUUAAUGAGAUCGUUGCUUAUUAUGUUGACAGGGGAGAGGAGCAGCAUUAUGAAUUUUAUCUCGAUCGAUACACAGAGUUUCUUAGCGAUCUAUUGUUCAACGUGCCAGGCGUCGAUAGUAUUCUAGCACGACGCAACACCGGUUGGGACCUAUACGCAUACUUUUUUAACCACUACAAUGAUGCUAUAUGGGACAAAAAUUUCCCGAUGAAAAUGAAAGGCUCACCACAUGCAAGCGAAUUCCUAUAUACUAAAGAUGUGUCAUUCUUUUCGGAAUUCGAAUUCAACGAUGAGGAACGGGUAGUAGCAGAUGUAUUUCGCCAGUCAUUCAUUGAGUUCGUUAAGAUUGGAGCUCCUUCGAAUGAUCAUGAAGUCUGGCUAGAGGUUGGUGAUGGGGAUAAUCUUCGUUAUCUUGAGAUUUCUCCAAACCCGCAGAUGCGUCAGGGAUUCUACAACGAGUCUGUUUCCUUCUGGCACAGAAUGCGAAAGUAUGGAUUCGACAUGACGCGGUUGAUGCCGACAGCGGAUUCGGCGAAAAGAAUGAAGGAGGAGCUAUGA